AGAGUGCGUGAGUCAUGCUGGCAGUGUUCUUAAAGCCUGGAGAGGGGGAAUCCACAGUAACAGCCCUCAAAGAAAGCAAACAGCUGGGAUAGCCUACAUACAAGAAGCUGCAGGAUGCUGCUGUUUCUGCUACUUGGGACUUUGCCAUUCUUUGUGUAUACAAUGCACACUGACCCCAGCUCUGGAAAGGAGGCCAAGAGAUAUCUGCAGCAGUUUGGGUAUCUACAGAAACCCCUGGAGAGCGACAGUGAGGACUUCAGCCCAGAGGAAGUGCAGGAAGCACUACGUAUUUUCCAGGUAUCGACCCACUUACCUGGAACUGGGGUCUUGGAUGAGGACACCAUAGAUAAGAUGAGGCAGCCUCGAUGUGGAGUAGAAGAUCCUUUCAACCAGAAGACUCUGCGAUAUUUGCUGUUAGGACGUUGGAGGAAGAAGAACCUCACUUACAGGAUAUACAAUUACACCCCAGAUAUGACAGCAACUGCGGCAAGGUCUGCCAUCCAAGCUGGUUUUAAGUAUUGGAGCGAUGUCACCCCCUUGACUUUUAAGGAGGUUACCCGUGGAAGGGCAGAUAUACGCAUUUCUUUUCACCGCCGCGGUAAUGGCUGUUCACGCCCCUUUGAUGGUCCUGGGAAGGUGUUGGCCCAUGCUGACAUCCCCGAAUUGGGCACUGUGCACUUUGAUGAGGAUGAAUUCUGGACAGAAGGGACGUAUGAAGGGGUUAACUUGCGCAUCAUUGCGGCACAUGAGCUGGGACAUGCACUGGGUCUGGGACACUCACGUUUCAGAAGCGCUCUGAUGGCUCCCAUAUAUUUUGGCUACAAACCAAACUUCCGUCUACAUGAUGAUGAUGUGAAGGGAAUUCAAGCCUUGUAUGGCAAAAAAGAUAAAAUAGAAGAAGGAGUUGUUUUAACCACUGAGGCACCUGCCAUCUCUUCAGACCCAACACCCACCAGCCUCACCCCUGAUCCUUGUAAUGAUAACCUUGAUGCCAUCAUCCUAGGUCCCUAUGGAAAGACGUAUGCCUUUAAAGGGGAUUAUGUAUGGACAAUCACAGAUUUCGGAAUUAGCCCACUAAUUCGCAUCCAGUCUCUGUGGAAAGGCCUGCCUGGAAACCUAGAUGCAGCAGUGCACUCUCCACGUACACAGAGAACCUAUUUCUUUAAAGGAGACAAACUGUGGGUGUACACCAAUUUCAAGCUGAAUCCUGGCUACCCUAAGCUGUUAACAAGGGUUCCAUCGAAUAUCAAUGCUGCUUUGUAUUGGGAAGUAAACAAGAAGAUCUUCUUGUUCAAGGGGGAUGGUUACUGGCAAUGGGAUGAGUUGGGAUGGAGCAACCUUUCCAUGUAUCCAAAGAAGAUCUCCAGCCUGUUCACUGGCAUUCCCUCUCAGCUGGAUGCCACUGUGACCUGGAAGAAUGGCAAGAUUUAUUUCUUCAAGGGAGACAAGUACUGGAGAGUGAACAAGCAGCUCAGGGUGGAGCGGGGUUAUCCUCUGAGCAAGGCGGAACGCUGGAUGCAGUGCUACUAUUUUGAUUAAUGAUGGACAAAAUUAACUAUUUUCAAAGUGCCUUAUUGCCUGCAAGGAGAAGUGACACUGGAAAGAGUCUGCAAUCAGAUAUUAUUUCUAAGCCAUCAGAAAAUCACAGUAUUUGCUUUAUUCCAGGGCUCUAGUCUGGGACUAUUGAACAGAGCCUAGAGGUGGCCAUAGACACACAGAUCCGAUCGUACGAAUCGAGGAUUCAUACGAUUUUCGGAUCGUGUGUGGCAUGUGCCGACAUCUUUCGCCCAGCGGA